GCCCAGGCAGGGGACAUGGUGUGGGAAAAGCAGCAGGGACGGGGCCAGGGGAGCUGCGGACAGGGGCCAUGGGCCCAGAGAGAUGAGGGCAGGAACAGGGAGGGGGCAGUCAGGAUGGUAAAGCGGAACUGCCCUUCCUGUGGCCCUGAGCCUGGGGGUGAGGAGAAGAAGGGACGCAGGACCACUGUUUCUGUUCAGUUGUUCCCCCCAGAGCUGGUGGAGCAUAUCAUCUCUUUCCUGCCAGUCAGAGACGUAGUGGCCCUCGGCCGGACCUGCCACUACUUCCACGAAGUGUGCGACACCGAGGGCGUGUGGAAACGUGUCUGCCGCAAGCUGAGCCCCCGUCUCCGAGAGCAGGGUUCUGGGGUCCGGCCAUGGAAGAGAGCCGCCAUUCUUAACUACACAAAAGGCCUGUAUUUCCAGGCCUUUGGAGGCCGCCGCCGAUGUCUCAAUAAGAGUGUGGCUCCUUUGCUGGCCCAUGGCUACCGCCGCUUCCUGCCCACCAAGGACCACGUCUUCAUUCUUGACUACGUGGGGACCCUCUUCUUCCUCAAAAAUGCCCUCGUCUCCUCCACCCUUGGCCAAAUCCAGUGGAAGCGGGCCUGUCGCUAUGUUGUGUUGUGUCGUGGAGCCAAGGAUUUUGCCUCAGACCCAAGAUGUGACACCAUGUACCGGAAAUACCUCUAUGUCCUGGCCACGCGGGAGCAGCCGGCAGUGGUUGGGACAACCAGCGGCCGGGCCUGUGACUGUGUGGAGGUGUACCUGCAGUCCAGCGGGCAGCGAGUCUUCAAGAUGACCUUCCACCACUCCAUGAGCUUCAAACAGAUCGUCCUGGUUGGGCAGGAGACCCAUCGGGCACUGCUGCUCCUCACAGAAGAAGGCAAGAUCUACUCUCUGGUUGUGAACGAAACCCAGCUGGACCAGCCCCGCUCCUACACUGUUCAGCUGACCCUGAGAAAGGUAUCCCGUUGCCUGCCUCACCUGCGUGUGACCUGCAUGGCCUCCAACCAAAGCAGUACCCUCUACAUCACAGACCAGGGUGGAGUGUAUUUUGAGGUGCAUACCCCAGGGGUGUAUCGUGACCUCUUUGGGACCCUUCAAGCCUUUGACCCACUGGACCAGCAGAUGCCGCUCGCUCUCUCACUGCCUGCCAAGAUCCUAUUCUGUGCUCUUGGCUAUAAUCAUCUCGGCCUGGUGGAUGAAUUUGGCCGAAUCUUUAUGCAGGGAAAUAACCGCUAUGGGCAGUUGGGGACAGGGGACAAAAUGGACCGGGGGGAACCUACACAGGUGCGUUAUCUGCAAUGCCCCAUCGCCAUGUGGUGCGGCCUCAACCACUCACUGGUGCUGAGCCAGAGCCCCGACUUCAGCAAGGAGCUGUUGGGCUGCGGCUGUGGGGCUGGAGGACGCCUUCCGGGCUGGCCCAAAGGGAGUGCCUCGUUCGUCAGGCUCCAUGUCAAGGUCCCAUUGUGCGCCUGCUCCAUCUGCUCCACCAGGGAGUGCCUGUACAUGCUGACCAGCCACGACCUGGAGCAUCAUCCUGCUUACCGGGACCUGCCGGCCAGCAGGAUCACAGGGACAGCAGUGACCCCGGAGCCUGCAGAGGCCUGCACAUCGCAGGACCCCAGUGGGGCAGCUCGGGCCUGCAGGGAGUACCUCAGCCAGAUCCACAGCUGCCCGACAAUGCAGGACCGCAUGGAGAAGAUGAAGGAGAUAGUGGGCUGGAUGCCCUUGAUGGCUGCUCAGAAGGACUUCUUCUGGGAGGCCUUGAACAUGCUGCAAAUGGAGCCUGGAGGAGACAGCCCAGACCUCCAUAACCCCUGAAAGCUGACAUCCC